AUGCCUAUCAACCAGCCCUCGAACCAGAUCAAGCUGACCAACGUCUCGCUUGUACGCCUGAAAAAGGCAAAAAAGCGCUUCGAGAUCGCUUGCUACAAGAACAAAGUCCUCGAAUGGCGAAAUGGAAUUGAAAAGGACCUCGAUAAUGUUCUGCAAAUCAACAACGUCUUUUUGAAUGUCUCGAAAGGUCAAACAGCGCCGUCUGCAGAUUUAGCAAGAGCCUUCGGUCCCAAGACUAAAGUGGAAGACAUUAUUCUCGAGAUCCUAAGUAAAGGCGAGUUACAAGUUGGGGAGAAGGAAAGACAUGCACAGUUGGAGAGAGUACACAAUGAGGUCGUGGGAAUAGUAGCCAGCAAACUUGUCGAUCCAAAAACGAAGAGAGUGUACACGACAGGCAUGAUCGAGAAAGCACUGGACAUGCUUAGCUCGCAAGGAUCACAAGCACAAGCUGCUGGCAGUGGAACUGGGACGCCAGGAACCGGAGAAGAUGGUGAAGCGAAGCCUAAAACUAAGGAGCAUGUCUGGACAGGGGUUGUUGCUACGAAGAGUGCAAAGAGUCAAGCUCUCGAGGCUAUGAAAGCUUUGAUCACACACCAACCUAUUCCUGUUGCAAGAGCAAGAAUGAGACUGAGGAUUACUUGCCCUACAAACGUUCUAAAGCAGUCGGCAAAGUCUGCUGGACCAAAGGCUACUGAUGAUACGGAGGAUGGUGAGGAGAAGAAGGGGACUGUCAAGGAUCGUAUCUUGGGGUAUAUAGAGCAAGUGGAAACUCAAGAUGUUGUUGGAUCUGAAUGGGAGGUUACAGGAUUCGUGGAGCCGGGUGCAUUCAAAGGUCUAUCGGACUUCAUAGGUAGUGAGACCAAGGGACAAGGUCGGGUGGAAGUAUUAGAUAUGGCAGUCACACAUGAAGAUUGAUACUUCGAUUUAGCGAGC